ACAUCUGUUUUUAAAUUCUGAAUGUCUCAGUCUUCAUUCUUUUCCUCCAUAGGCGCCCACCUGAACCCUGCUGUCUCUCUGAGCCUGUGUGUUCUGGGCAGACAUCCCUGGCUGAAGCUGCCCUUCUACGUCUUCUUCCAGGUGCUCGGAGCCUUUCUGGCUGCUGCCACCGUCGGCCUGCAGUACUACGAUGCCAUCCAGACGUACAGCGGAGGAGUGCUGACAGUGACAGGUCCCACUGCCACCGCAGGGAUAUUCUCCACCUACCCAGCUGACUACCUCAGUGUGUGGGGGGGAGUGGUGGACCAGGUGAUCGGCACGGCUGCUCUGCUUCUGUGUGUCCUGGCUCUGGGCGACUGGAGGAACAGCCCCCUCCCUGACGGGGCUCAGCCUGUGCUGGUGGGGGCAGCCGUGUUAGUGAUUGGCAUCUCCAUGGGCUCCAACAGCGGCUACGCCAUCAACCCGGCCAGGGAUUUCGGGCCUCGACUUUUCACAUACAUCGCUGGUUGGGGGGUUGAUGUUUUUAAGGCUGGAGGCGGGUGGUGGUGGGUGCCCAUAGUGGCUCCCUGUGUCGGGGCGCUGCUGGGAACACUGAUCUAUGAGCUGAUGAUUGAAGUCCACCACCCCCCCACUGCGGCUGAGCUCCAGACCUCGUGUCUGGAGGUCACUGAGGGCAAGAUGGGGCUGGAGUUCGGAGGGCCGGAGUGUGUAAAACCUGCUUAGCCAUGAUAAAGAGGAGAACAACUGUCAUGUGUGCAGUAAAUGUUAUUUAUAUUGUGCUUACUAAUGAAGCUGUCUUUGUAAA